AUGGCCAACACAAUGCCCAUACCACUUCCUCCUCGGACGCCGACACCACCUGCUGAUGAGCCGUCCUCGCCUCAGAAACUCCCAGCAUUCGAUCCGAGGGACGCGGUAUUUGACCCAAACACCCUUUCUCCGCACCACUACGAGUCUGAGCAUAUGUCGUCGACCGGAGCCUCAUACUUCUCGACCUCGACGCCAGAGAGGCAUAGUACAGGUGGAAACAGCAAUGGAGCGGGCCCCUUCAACUUCCAGCCUUCGGCGCUGGCAAAAUCCCCUGUGAUCAAAUCUGUUCGUGGUUCUCCCAGGAUACUGCGGGCUCUCCCGGUGCAUCGUAAGAUUGCUGACUUGUCUCCCGUGCGCAAGCAGAAUAUUGGUCAGAGACGAGGCCACAAGUACAAGCAUAGCAGUGUCUCGCACCAAAUCUUCCUCGAACCCCCUUCUCGACCGCCGCUCGCUCUUCCGAACUCUCUCCCAAUUCCGACCUUUGCUGAAUGUCGAGCGAGCAUGACGAAGGAUCAGAAAGUGCGAUUCUACUGGAGCAUAUGCCACAUGGCUGUUGCAGGGUACACGGCGUCGAACUCGUACGGCUCGUCGGCAAUGGAAGCACUGUCACAUCUGAUCUUCUACGACUCCCUCGGCGCUCUAUUGUGCGUUUUCGUCGAGGUGCUAUCAAACUUUGAGGUAUGGGGUCGAUCUAGCGUACGGCAUCCUUUCGGCCUGCAGCGCAUGGAAGUCAUUGCGGGUUUUGCUCUGUCGGUGCUAUUGAUUUUCUUUGGCUUCGACUUGAUCUCGCACAAUGCAAAACACGCGCUGGAAGGCAUCGGACACGAACCUCAUCACCCUCAUACGCAUGAGCAAGUCACAUCUGGCACUGUGGAUUUGACCGCCAUCUUGGCGCUGGUCGCCACGUUAAUAUCUGCAGUGGGCCUGCAGAACCAUGCGCGGAUAGGCAAAGCGAUGCGUUUUGCCGCCAUGGAGAACCUCCCUUCGCUUCUCAGCAAUCCAUCUCACUUCCUGACCCUCUCCUGCUCGGCAACUGUAAUUUUGCUCCCUCUCCUGGACCUACAUACCUACGAGUGGGUCGAUAAAAUAGUCUCGUUGAGCAUCGCCUUCUCGAUGCUCUUCUUGGGCUUCCACCUGGGACGAAAUGUCGGCUCCAUGCUCCUCAUGUCGUUACCUUCAAAAUCCAACGCCGACCUAUCAGAUGUUGUGAAAGCAAUCGAGUCGGAUCCCUUGGUGCGAGCGGUCGAGCAAGCCAAGUUCUGGCAAGCCCAUUACGGGAUGGGCAUGGCGAAUCUGCGACUGCGGGUUGUCGGCAGCGAAGAGAGUCUCGUCAAGCUUAGGGAAAAGAUUACGAGCAUCGUGCGCAACAAGCUGAGUGGUGGAUACGGCCUGGGAAGCAGUGGGCAGAAGUGGGAAGUGAGUGUACAAUUCAAGGUCGAAGUCGAGACCGCAAUGAGUGCCAGCCAUAGCCAUUUCAUGAGUCCCUCCAGCUGGGUGGUGACGGCUUGA